AUGGUUCGAGCUGGCCGACACUCUUUUCUGCCCCUCGUGGGUUCUCUUUUUUACCAUGGCGUCGCGUCGCAGCAGGACCUUUGCCCUACCACCUGUAUGGUGUCCGGUCCUGACCCAGCCAACUGGACUACUGUGGGCGAGUUCAGUCAGCUACAGGCAUGCAAGAAGCCUCUGGUGCUCGACUUCUCCAUAAGAAUCCCCGUUACGGAGAAGCAGCCUAUCAGGGUGUGCAAUGUGUGGGCCAACGACUUUUACACCGGUCCAGUCGAGCCUCCAGCCUCAGGCGGAACCGAAGACAUCGCCCCCAUCAUGGCAUGGACGCCGGCUGGGUCCGAGGACGAGGCUGGCGGCCGGCUCGCAAGCCAGCCGGUUGAGCACCUGCAAAGUUACCUCAGCAACGUCAUGAGCGUGGCCACAAACCGUACCAUUCUCUUUGCUACUGCGUCUGACGUUACUGUUGGCGUCUACGUUGGAGCCAACUUGUUAAACCCCAGUGUGGGUGGAAUAUUCUUCGAUUAUCUUCUUGCUGUUCUCUUUGGGCCCGGCAUAGCCGACAACAAAGCCGCCCUAAUCCAGGCAUGCGAUGGCCGCAGCGGUGACCAGAUUUUUGGUCUCAUCGCUGCCUCUACCCCGGACUUCACCACGGUCCACGACGCUGUUGCUCAGUGGUCAGCUGGCAAAUGUGUCGAUACGUCCUCGUACUCAGACAGCUAUGAGGUCGACCCCGAGCCUAUUGAUGUGGUAGACCCCAACUCCGCGCUGAUGCUAUCCAGCAGUCCUCGGGUCGGCUCAAGUAAUUCAACGGACAGUAGCAACGCGACAUCACCAGCAGUUCGAGGCCUGCUCCACGCCCGAGCCGACUGCCGUACUAUCGCCGUCAAAGAUGGCGACGACUGUGGUAAGCUGGUGACGCGUUGUGGAGGAGGCAUGACCGCUGCGGAUCUGUAUAAAUUCAACCCAAAAUCCAACUUAUGCUCAACCUUGAUGGCAGGCCAGCUGAUUUGCUGCUCGGCCGGAACAUUGCCAACACCACCAACACCGCAGCCAAACCCAGACGGCUCGUGUCGUACUCAGAAGGUAGAUGACGGCGACGACUGCGGAAAGCUGGUAACAAGGUGUGGUGGCGGCCUGACUGCCGCGCAGUUUUAUCAGUACAACACCAAGUCCAACCUCUGUGCAACGCUGCAGCCGGGACAGCACGUAUGCUGCACGCCUGGAAAGCUACCAGACCUACGACCAAAGCAGAAUCCCAACGGGUCCUGCUUUGCAUAUCAGAUCAAGGGCGGUGACUUUUGCGCUAAGGUGGCAGCUGCUAAUGGCUUGACUGUUGACGAGCUCGAAAAGAUGAACAAAGAAACAUGGGGCUGGAACGGAUGCGAUAACGGCUUCUGGCCCGAUAACUGGAUCUGUCUGAGUGAGGGCACGCCACCAUUCCCUGCCCCCAUCGCAAAUGCGGUAUGCGGACCCCAGAAGCUUGGGUCGGUCCAGCCGAGCGGGUCGACUUCCAGAGACUGGGCCAAGAUGAACCCGUGUCUCCUCAACUCGUGCUGUAAUAUUUGGGGCCAAUGUGGCACGACCGAAGACUUCUGCAUCGACACCAAUACUGGACCUCCUGGCACAGCGAAGAAGGACACUUACGGUUGUAUCUCCAACUGCGGUAUGAGCAUUGUUCAGAGCGGCCCGCCGAGCCAGUUCAUCAAGCUCGGCUACUUCGAGGGUUUCAACCUCGGCCGUAAGUGCCUCAAUAUGGAUGCUACUCAGAUCGACCCGUCUUUCACACAUGUCCACUUCGCUUUCGCUAUGCUUGAUGAGAACUUCAACGUUUACCAAGAAAACGAACUAGCUGAGUUUCAGUUCCAGCAAUUCAAGAAGCUACGUGGGCCUAAGCGUAUUAUCUCCUUUGGUGGUUGGGUCUUCUCCGCUGAGGCGCCGAACUACCAUAUCUUCCGCAAUGGCGUGAAGGAUGCCAACCGCAACCGAUUAGCCGAUAACCUGGUUAAAUAUGUCGUUGAUAACGGCCUGGACGGCCUUGAUAUUGACUGGGAGUAUCCUUCUGCCCCCAAUCUCGGUGAGGGUGUGCCAGAGGGUGACCCUUCUGAGGCCUUGAAUUAUUUGCGGCUGCUGGCUCUGCUACGUUCCAAGCUGCCGAGGGACAAGUCUCUGUCAAUUGCAGCCCCAGCAUCGCACUGGUAUCUCAAGCAGUUUCCUAUCAAGGCUAUGUCCGAGCUGCUUGACUAUAUCGUCUACAUGACCUACGACCUUCACGGCCAAUGGGACGCUGGAAACAAAUGGGCCACGCCUGGUUGCCCAACCGGCAACUGUCUACGUAGCCACGUUAACCGAACUGAGACGAUGAAUACUCUUGUUAUGAUCACCAAAGCCGGUGUGCCAUCCAAUAAGGUGCUCGUGGGUGUCAGCAGCUAUGGCCGCAGCUUUCAGAUGGUGGACCCGUCCUGCACUGGACCCAACUGCUUUUACACAGGAGACCGUCUCACGUCGUAUGCCCGUAAAGGCCGCUGCACCGACACGGCCGGAUACAUUAGCAACGCUGAAAUCGCUGAGAUGGGCGGCCGGUCGUGGGUUGAUUCCGAAAGUAACUCACGCAUCAUGGUUGACGGCGACCUCUGGGUGGCGUACAUGGAUGACAGUCUCAAGGAGUCGCGCACGCAAAUCUACAAACGUUACAACAUGGGCGGUACAAUUGACUGGGCCGUUGAUCUGGUCAAGUUCCACGAUCCUCCUCCCCUUCUCCCCGGUGGCUCGAACGCUGGCCUCACUUGGGCCUCAAUUAAGGCCAACGUGCUCAUGGGCGAGAGUCCGACCUGCAAUGCUGCAACGCGCACCGGCACCUGGGCUGACAAGGAUUGCGAACAUAUAGCGGUGAGGAAUAAUACCAAAAUGAAGGCCAAAGAUCGUUGGGAUGCACUCGAUUGCAAAAGUGGCUGGGAUGAUAUCAUUAGACGUUGGCAGGGUUGUGACUACAAAAGUUCUGGGACGGUCUUUGACGAAGAGAUUGCCUCAUACUUACAUAUGACUCCUAGGCCGAGAUGCAAUGACCUGGGUCAAGCUUCGACAUGCAGUACUGAGAAGUGUGCGGCACACAACUCGCCACAGACCGAACCGAAGGACAAAACGGGCGCCUGCGCAUACGAGCUCUGGAACGGACUUGCCGAAAUACACAUCAUCCUCAGAAACUACUACUACUCUCUAGAAACUACGGGCAAUGCCCUCGCCCGCCAGAAAGAUACUUUUGUCGAGACAUUUGCCCCGGCCCCAGAGGAUGACUCCAAGAUCUUCGAACUCUUCCUGACACUGAUGCCGAUCCCUCUUACAGCGGCAGUUCCACGGUUCUUUGGGAGUGCUCUGGCGAGCAUGAAAUACUUCUCCGGUAAGACCGGCGGUGACAGGAGGGCUUCCUGGGAAGCGGGAACUAUCACUCUGGUUAGUACUGCUUUCUCUCUCGCAAAGGAAGCUCUCGACUCAGCAUCCUCGGCGCGUGAAGAGAUCGCCUUCAACGACAUUUUUGACAAAAUCAUCGUUGCGUGGAAGGACCAAGUCAACAGACUAGUCGCAAAAAUCUUCAACGGGGAGCCUGAAAGCAUCAAGCUACUUAGUGCCCUUGUUUCCGACGGAAAGAUGAUUCAGGGUGAGCUAGACGAGCCCGCUCCAGGCUACAGUGAAGACUACACCAAGAGCUGGCAUGACAGCAAAUACAUCGAGCGUGCCUUUUACGCACUUGCCAUCCCAGCUAUCUGGGCCGCUGACCGGCCGACUCCCGUCGUCAUUGACUUUGGGCCCUCCUGCGUCAUAGAUGCAACAAAGUACUUUGAGGAGCGGGCAAACCGCUACAAUGUCGGCUGGCGCUGUCCCAAUGGUCACUCGUACAUCCUUGCCGGCGUUGAUGACACGCCUAAGGGAUGCCCUUACGCAAACCCUCGGCAAUGUCUUCUUCCACGCAAUUGGAACUUCUUUAAGAUUCUCAAGGGCAUGGACGAUCUCCAAGAAGACGGACAGGAGAAAUGGGGCAAAGUCACUGUUGACGACCUGAUUAUUGGAGCGGUAAACACGUAUAAUAAGAACAAACAGAAGAACGUGAUGGACCCUAACAAGAGUCUUACGGACCCAGCAGACAUCCAGCGUCUCCAGAAUGUCGCUAGUCAGGACAUCCGUCUGGGUGGCUUCCAGCAUAUUCCCGUGUGUGGACCUGAAGAGGCAAAGGCCAACCUUCUUAAGGGGCGCAAGGCUUAUGGAGACUCACCUAACUACCCGUGCAACCCGUAG